AUGCUACAAGAAAAACAGGUUUAGCAAGAGUUGCAUGCUUGAGACCACAUAUAAACAGUGUCGAGCAGCACCAUCCAGGGUUUUAGUAGGCUUGGUUUUCUUCUUGGUUUUACAGGAGAAUUUUAUUUUCCACGGUGUAUUUCUCUUUGGAGGAUGAAAAACCUCUUAAUUGAAUACGAUGCCAUCAACAGCGAGAACACCUUCACAAAUGGAGAUACCAUCAAUGGAAGAAUCAUUGUGGAGGUUUCUAAAGAAACUAAAAUCCAAUCACUUAUUUUUGUGGCAAAAGGAAAAGCUCGGGUUUGCUGGCAUGAACAUUACGGACAACAUCAACAUCAUGUUUACUGGUCUGAUGAGAAAUAUUAUGAAGUCAAACAUCAUAUCUUGAGGGAAGCGAGACAAGAUGGCACUGAAGUCAUUGGUAAAGGAAGACACGUAUUUCCCUUUUCCUUCAAGAUUCCUGACAGAAAAAUCCCAUCAUCCUUCAAAGCCUCCAUAGGCAAAAUUGUUCACAAGUUGAGGGCAGAGCUUAAACAAUCAAUGAAGCUGACAAAAACAGCCAAAGUCCACUUCACAUUUGUCUCCAAAGCAGAUAUGGAUAUUCCUGGGCUUAUGGAGCCUCAGUAUGGCAGCAAGGACAAAUCUGUCAAACUUUUUGGCUCAGGAAAUGUUUCAAUGGAUGUUCACACCAAGCGGAUGGGAUACAAGCAAGGUGAGGUAUUUCAAGUCAUAGUUGAAAUCAGCAAUCGCUCAAGCCGUACAGUGAAGCCCAAGUUCAUGCUGUAUGAGAAAAGGAGUUUCUUUGCCCAGGGUCGCAGGAGAGUUUGCACAAACGAGAUCCUUAAGGAGAAGAUUGAGGCUGUUGCAUCCUCUAGCAAAGAGACUGUGACCAAGGUGAUCUCCAUCCCCAGAGAACUAGCUCCCUCCAUCUUGAACUGCUCCAUCAUCAAGCUGGAGUACAGGCUGAAGAUCCAGCUGGAUAUCAAAUGUGCUAUUGACCCUCAGAUCAAACUCCCUAUAGUUGUCCUGCCUGAGGUUCCUGUUUUGAAACAACUACCUGCUCCUGCUGGCUUUGCAUUUGAAGCAUUUGGGAACCCAAACCAACCGACCUGGAGCACCAUGCCACAGCAAGCAGGAGCCCAACCUGUGGAUCUCCCACCUCCCUAUGGAGCACAUGCACUGUAUCCCUCCUUUACUGAUUCUGAAAAAAAUAACACUGCAUGGUAAAUACCUGCCUUAAGAGUAUGUCCCCAAAUUAGCAUUGUACACCUGGCACUACAUCACAGCUUCAUCCUGCAAGGCUGAGCUUAACUACUUAGAAUUCAAACCUUUGUAUUAGUAUUGUAUUUUUUAAAUGUCAAUGAAAAAUAGUACAUAAAGUAUAUUGUAGUUAUAGUAGUUGGAUACUGUAUGCACUCCUUAUGGAGCACAAAGUGUUGAGAGAUAAUUAGAAAAAUGAAUUGCAAAUGAUAAAUUGUGUAAAAUAUAUAAAUGAAUCAAAUUGUAAAAUAAAAAAAUAAAUACUGUAAUACUAUAA